AUGGAAAGGCCAAGGACACACCUUGUGGAGAUCGCGAUUCCUUAUCUUGAAGCAAAGACUCGAACCGCCUGGCUGGAUUUGGUGCAAGCUGGUAGUCAGGGUGUUGUUCUUGAAACCAUAUACGCGACUUACAAGAGUAGUGGUGAAGACGGACCUGGAACCUCGCAACAGGACGUCUCAAGGCCAGCGCCAGCACCACAUCCCAAUACACAGUUCUGCUCUGGCGAAUAUCAAGGUCAACAAGAUACGAAUUCCCAGCAAAUACCACAACAGGACCCCAGCCUGCAGUCCCCUCAAAAUGAGACUCAGUCUCAUCAGCAGCGCGUACAACCUCAGCAGGCUAUGCCACGAGCUGCUCAUUCUCACAUCGCUGCUUUCGGAAAGCAACAUGUUACUGGGCAUGCACCACAACUGCAGCUCCCCCGUCCACAGCUCCCUGGUCAUGGAACUCUAGGUCACCCGAAACUUUCCAAUGACUCGCCUGAACCUAGUAUGACGCCUAUAGAGCGUCUUGGCACACCGGUGAGCUCGAUAGGCCAGCAGAGUUUCGAUACUCCCCAGUUUCAACCUGAAGAAUAUACUCCGGGGAAUGAAUUUAGCAUGUCCCUCGAUUCGCCAUUGGGCUCUGUUAGCUCUGAUGUCGCAGGAAUACAGGAAGAAUGUGUGGCAUAG